GUAACGAGCGACCACCCCAUCAAAUACAAUAAGUUUUAGAGAAUAAUCUUGAUAUUUUUCUCUCCAGAGUUUGAAAAGCUUUCAUAUUUUCGUAAUAUAUGGAUGCCGCUUGACCUGAAAUCGAAGACUUCCAAGAAGAACAACCUGACUCUGACGACUCACGGGUUAUUCAAAGUUCCCCUGGCCGUCGUUUCAUUCUAUGCUCCAUCUGAUGCGACUUCCUUGGAGUAAUAUGGCUGGGCAGUUCCGAAGCUUCCAGUGGGACCCAGUCUUGAUCAUCGCUCAGAUCAUCAGCAUGAUAAGUCUCUGGUAUUUCUCCCUGGGCAUGUGGGUGUUUGUUCUGGACGUCAUCGGCAAGUUUGACUUGUCCACCGAGCAAAUCUUCACCCAGAGUGAUCUAGGCCUUUUUGAAGAUUCUGGUCGCACCAACAUCAUCGCGUAUGCCUUGAACAGCCUGACUGUGUCUUUCCUCCUGUGGGGCGUGGUGGGGCGCACCAAGCAAUGCCUGGACUUCACGGCGACCGUCCACGUGUUCCACUUCCUGGCCUGCUGGUACAGCUACGGAUUUGUCCCCAUCACGUUUUGGUGGUGGGUCACCAACGUGGGCUGUGUCGCUCUCACCACCGUCAUGGCAGAGUUCUUGUGCAUGCGCUCCGAGAUGAAAGCCAUUCCUGUGGGGAUGGGGCCAAAGGUUGACUUGUAAUGUCCAGUCAAGAUUGGCAGGUUGUAUUUGAUUUCUCUGGUAGGGGGCCUACUGUGAUGGGAAUUUGUGUAUGUGGCUGUUGUCUUUGUCAUAAAUGGGGGGGUGUCUGUGUGUGUUUGGACAGUGCACUCGUAAUGAACUCUUUGAGGUGGGGAACAACAAAUGUACCCAAGGACAAGCUUGCCAGCCAUAUGGAAAAUGUUGAGCUUGUGGAGGAGUUCUGUGAGGGCAGACACAGACGUGUAGAAUGACAGUCCAGUCCAUUUAGAAAAGACUCUGCUAUGACAGUCCAGUCCAUUUAGAACAGACUCUGCUAUGACAGUCCAGUCCAUUUAGAACAGACUCUGCUAUGACAGUCCAGUCCAUUUAGAACAGACUCUGCUGUGACAGGAACUUGGACAGAACAGUGAGAAAUCAAAUCCAUGUUUUUUUUCCUCUACAAGUGUAAGUACUAUGAACCUGGCCAUAACAGGUUUCAAUUUUCGCUGACUCGGAUACUGUUCUUGCAGCGCCUGAACUUGCUUUCGAUCCGUCAAAUCAUUUAAAUUUGUCUCAACCAAGACAUUUGGCAUGUUUGUAUGAUCGCUUGCCUAAACACAAACUUUCAACCCACCCCCCCCCCCCAUAGUAUUGGGGUCACUGAUCGAUUCCGUCUCAGUGUCAGCAAAACAGCCCUCUAGAAAAGGAUCUGCGGUAAUCGAAUGUAUGUUUAUAUGCUGCAGUAAUCGAAUAUAUGUGUGUAUGCAGCGGUAAUCGAAUAUAUGUGUGUAUGCAGCGGUAAUCGAAUAUGUAAAUUAUGUGUGUAUGCAGCGGUAAUCGAAUAUGUAAAUUAUUUGUGUAUGCAGCGGUAAUCGAAUAUGUAAAUUAUGUGUGUAUGCAGCGGUAAUCGAAUAUGUAAAUUAUGUGUGUAUGCAGCGGUAAUCGAAUAUGUAAAUUAUGUGUGUAUGCAGCGGUAAUCGAA